AUGGUGCACAGCAUACAUGCAGCGAGCUGGAGAGAGUCCCAGGACUGCUUCAAAGGUAGACCCCGACUGGAGGGCCCGCUGCGAGGCAAGAGAAGUGCGGCCGGUUUGGUGCAAUCUUGCGUGAAACACCACCUUUCGCUCUUCUCUCUCCUCUCUAAAGUAGGGAGGGGUGACUGUCGUCCCGAGCCCCCAGCCGCUUCUUCCCGGACUAGCUCGCACCUCGGAGGCCUCAGUGCCCCCAGGCUCUCCCUACGGCGCCGGGUGCGGCCAACCUUCACUUCCCCAGGGCAGGGCUCGGCCCCGGUCAGCGCAAUCAGCCCAGUGAGGCCCGGACCUGGCCGGCUGAGCCCGCCGGUCCACAGCGGCCCCUGGACCCCCGCCAGCGGGGAUGGGCGUGGGCCCCGCCGGCCACCGCCCCGCCGACCAGGACUCCCGAGGAGCGUGAGCCCCACCCGCGGCGCCGGACCUACCUGCAGGGGACAGGGAGGCUUCUGGACAGCGGCUGCGGGCCCGAGGGCCGGCGCCGCGGCGGCCCGGAGCCCGUCCCCCAGGGCCCCUAGCGUCGCUCGGGGUUCCGGAUGGGGCAGGGCGGGGACACACGCCGGGGGGCUGCGGCCGGCCAGCGCGGCCCGACGCGGGGUCGCGAGGACCUGGCUCUCCCCCUCAGCACCAGGCCAUCGCUGCCGCCGCCAUUUUGCCUUCCACUCCGUGUCGCCGCCGCCGCUGCCGCCGUCCGCCGCGGGUUUCCCGGAUGUGGGCAUUUCCCGGCGUCGCUUGCGCGGGGGCCGAGGACUGGGGGCUUCAGGCCGCCCCGCUGGGCCCCGGAGCGCUCCGUUUGUGGCCUCCCGAGCGAGGGUCGCUCGGUUGCCCGCUUCCCCGAGCCCGGAGCUGAAGACAAACCAGAGCCUUUGCUUCACCAGCACCGCGCUGAGACACAGGCGAGUAGACUUCGUACUGGAGAGGGCCUAUGCCCUUGGGCUCUGUUAAAAUGAUUAUUCUGGCC